CAAGAUAUGACUAGGUUUUGUGGACGCUAGGCGCCUUUAUCAGCUUCAAUUCUCUUUCGCUCCUUUUCUUUCUUCCCUUUCCAGCUCCCUCACCCGAUCCAGUGGCAACCUUUUCGACCUUAGUUUCAGACUCAUUCACUUCUUUGAAUCAACAUUCAUUUCAUUCCUGUAAUUGAGCCAUGGUUAAUCAAAAGAAGUUCAAGAUCUCAGUGCCAGCAACGUCAGCUAACAUUGGCCCUGGCUUCGAUGUCCUUGGCAUGGCCUUCUCUUUGUACCUCACCCUUGACUGUGAACGUCUGCCCGAUGGAUCUGCCUUGCAGAUGUCAUAUGAGGGUGAGGGUGCCAAGGAUGUUCCUUUGGUUGCCGAAAAAAACUUGAUUACAAAGACGGCUCUCUAUGUCCUUUCAACUUAUGGUAUCACAUCACUACCCCCUCUCAAGAUCCAUGUUACCAAUCCGAUCCCUUUGGGCCGUGGAUUAGGUUCCUCUGGAUCGGCCGUCGUUGCUGGUGUAGUGCUAGCCAAUGCUGCAGGAAACUUGAAUAUGACCAAGGAUCGUAUGCUGGACUAUUGUUUGAUGGUAGAACGUCAUCCUGACAAUGUGGCACCAGCAUUGUUUGGUGGUUUCGUUGCGAGCUUCCUGCGAGAGCUGGGGCCUGAAGAACUGGAGCCUGCCAGCAUCCCUAGAUCGGAGCCCACUAGGAAUGGAGCAGCACAACCACCGACACCCGUUACAGAUAUCGGACACUAUAUUCAACUUGGAUGGUCCCAGGAAAUUAAAGCCAUUGCAGUCAUCCCCGACUUUGAGGUUGCGACCGAGGACGCUAGAGCUGUCCUACCAGACGUGUAUGAGCGUGCAGAUGUUAUCUAUAACUUGCAGCGCAUUGCUGUUUUGACCGCAGCAUUAUCUCGUACGCCUGUCAACGCUGACUUGAUUCAUAAGGCAAUGGCUGAUAAGGUCCACCAGCCAUACAGGAAGCAUUUGAUUCCUGGAAUGUCAGAAAUGCUUGAGGAAAUCACUCCUAAGACCUAUCCUGGAGUUGCUGGUAUUUGCUUGAGCGGUGCAGGCCCGACCAUUCUGGUAUUAGCUACUGAUAACUUUGACAAUAUUGCUACAGCAGUGCAAGAUAUCUUCAAACGCCAGCCUAACGGAGGAAUUAAGAGCAUUUACAAGGUUCUGGAUGUUGUUCAUGGUGGCGCCCAAACAGACUAUUACGAUUAGAGUUUAAACAUUAUGCACGUGACUAGUGACGCCUUUAGAG